GACCUCACGGCCAGGAGGCUCAGUAUGUUGCCCAGUGUCUCGCAGGAUGUGAGCUGAGCCCUGGCCCAAUUCCACAGACAUCAUGAGAUUUAACCCUGAGACUGACUUCACUGUAGAAACACAGUUGUAUCAAUGGUUGGGGAAAGAUAGUGGUGACAGGCACAGGAGAAAUAGCUCUGAAAUACCAAAAAAUGAGCGUGCUGAAGCCAAGUGGGCUUAAGGCCCCCACCAAGAUCCUUAAACCUGGAAGCACAGCCUUGAAGACACCUGCUGCUGUUGCAUCUCCAGUAGAAAAAGCAAUAGCCAGUGAAAAAGCCUCAAGCACUCCAUCCUCUGAGACUCAAGAGGAAUUUGUUGAUGACUUUCGAGUUGGGGAGCGUGUGUGGGUGAAUGGAAACAAGCCUGGAUAUAUCCAGUUCCUUGGGGAAACCCAGUUUGCACCAGGCCAGUGGGCUGGGAUUGUUUUAGAUGAACCCAUAGGCAAGAAUGACGGUUCGGUGGCAGGAGUUCGAUAUUUCCAGUGUGAACCCCUGAAGGGCAUAUUUACCCGCCCUUCGAAGUUAUCACGGAAGGUGCAAGCAGAAGAUGAAGCCAACGGCCUGCAGACGGCUCACGCGUCCAGAGCUGCUUCACCUCUCUCCGCUUCUGCCGCCAGCGCCACAGGCUCCUCCCUGGCCGCCCCUGCACACCUUCCCCAGAAGUCCUCCCAGCCAACAGCCAAGGAGCCUACAGCCACACCUCAGAUCAGCAACCUUACGAAAACCGCCAGUGAGUCAGUCUCCAACCUUUCAGAGGCUGGCUCUGUCAAGAAAGGAGAGCGCGAACUCAAAAUCGGAGACCGAGUGCUGGUUGGUGGCACCAAGGCUGGUGUAGUCCGGUUUCUGGGAGAGACUGACUUUGCCAAGGGGGAAUGGUGUGGUGUGGAGUUAGAUGAACCUCUCGGGAAGAACGAUGGUGCUGUCGCUGGAACAAGAUAUUUUCAGUGUCAAGCCAAGUAUGGCUUGUUUGCUCCUGUCCACAAAGUGACCAAGAUUGGCUUCCCUUCAACCACACCAGCCAAAGCCAAGGCAGCCGCCGUGCGACGAGUGAUGGCCACCACACCUGCCAGCCUGAAGCGCAGCCCAUCUGCCUCCUCCCUCAGCUCUGUGAGCUCGGUGGCCUCCUCCGUGAGCAGCAAGCCCAGCCGGACAGGACUGUUGACUGAGACCUCCUCCCGCUACGCCCGCAAGAUCUCGGGCACCACUGCCCUCCAGGAGGCGCUGAAGGAGAAGCAGCAGCACAUUGAACAGCUGCUGGCUGAGCGGGACCUGGAGCGGGCCGAGGUGGCCAAGGCUACCAGCCACGUGGGGGAGAUAGAGCAGGAGCUAGCCCUGGCUCGGGACGGGCACGACCAGCAUGUCCUGGAGUUGGAGGCCAAGAUGGACCAGCUACGAACAAUGGUGGAAGCAGCUGAUAGGGAGAAGGUGGAACUUCUUAACCAACUAGAAGAGGAGAAAAGGAAAGUUGAGGACCUGCAGUUCCGGGUAGAAGAAGAAUCAAUUACCAAAGGCGAUCUUGAGCAAAAGAAACAGAUAUCUGAAGAUCCUGAGAAUACGCAGACCAAACUGGAGCAUGCCCGCAUUAAGGAGCUUGAACAGAGCCUGCUCUUUGAAAAGACCAAAGCUGACAAACUGCAGAGGGAGUUAGAAGACACUAGGGUGGCUACAGUGUCAGAAAAGUCACGUAUAAUGGAACUAGAAAAAGACCUAGCAUUGAGAGUACAGGAAGUAACUGAGCUCCGAAGAAGGCUUGAGUCCACUAAGCCUGCUGGGGAUGUGGAUGUGUCGCUUUCCCUUUUGCAGGAGAUAAGCUCUUUGCAAGAAAGGUUAGAGGUCACCCAUACUGACCACCAGAAAGAAAUAACUUCUCUGAAGGAGCAGUUUGGAGCCCGGGAAGAGACGUAUCAGAAGGAGAUAAAGGCUCUGCACACAGCCACAGAGAAGCUUGCCAAAGACAAUGAGUCCUUGAGAAGCAAGCUGAACCAUGCCAACAAGGAGAAUUCUGAUGUGAUAGCCCUGUGGAAAUCCAAGCUGGAGACUGCCAUUGGGUCUCACCAGCAGGCCAUGGAGGAGCUGAAGGUGUCCUUCAGCAAAGGGCUUGGAAUGGAGACGGCAGAAUUGGCCGAGUUAAAGACACAAAUAGAGAAAGUAAGAGUAGAUUACCAGCAAGAAAUAGAAAAUUUGCAAAAUAAACAAGACUCUGAACGGUCUGCUCAUGCUAAAGAGAUGGAAGUCCUAAAGGCCAAACUGAUGAAUAUCAUUAAGGAGAAGGAGAACAGCCUGGAAGCCAUCAAAUCCAAACUGGACAGAGCAGAAGACCAACACCUAGUAGAAAUGGAGGACACGUUAAACAAAUUGCAAGAAGCUGAAAUAAAGGUAAAGGAGCUAGAGGUACUGCAAACCAAAUGCAAUGAACAAACCAAGGUUAUUGAUAAUUUUACAUCACAGCUCAAGGCCACCGAAGAAAAGCUCUUGGAUAUUGAUGUGCUUCGGAAAGCCAUUUCCGAAGGUAAAUCGGAAAUCGAGAAACUUAGACAGCAGCUUGAGGCAGCUGAGAAACAGAUUAAAAAUUUAGAGAUUGAAAAGAAUGCUGAAAGUGGCAAGGCUAGUAGCAUUACCAAAGAGCUCCAAGGGAAAGAGCUAAAGCUUACUAGCCUGCAGGACAAUCUGAGUGAAGUCAGUCAAGCGAAAGAGGCUUUGGAAAAAGAACUUCAAAUUCUGAAAGAAAAGUUUACUGCUGCUUCAGAGGAGGCUGUCACUGUUCAGAGAAGUAUGCAAGAAACUGUGAAUAAAUUACACCAAAAGGAGCAAGAGUUUGACAAGCUGUCUUCUGAAUUGGAAAAGUUGAGAGAAAAUUUAUCGGAUAUGGAGGCAAAAUUUAGAGAGAGAGACGAAAGAGAAGAGCACUUGCUAAAGGCGAAGGAAAAAUUGGAAAAUGAUAUUGCUGAGAUAAUGAAGAUGUCAGGAGAUAAUUCUUCUCAGCUGACAAAAAUGAACGAUGAAUUGCGUCUGAAAGAGAGAUGUGUAGAAGAAUUACAGUUAAAACUUACAAAAGCUAAUGAAAAUGCAAGUGCUCUGCAGAAAAGUAUUGGGGAGAUAACUUGUAAAGCUGAACAGAGCCAGCAAGAAGCCACCAAAAAGCAUGAAGAAGAAAAGCAAGUAUUGGAGGGAAAACUGUUGGACCUGGAAAGGAAGAUGGAAACGAGCAACAACCAGUGUCAGGAUCUGAAAGCCAGGUAUGAAAAAAUCAGUUCCGAGACAAAAACAAAGCACGAAGAAAUCCUGCAGAGCCUGCAGAAGACGCUCUUGGAGACGGAGCAGAAGCUAAAGUCUGUCCAAGAGGAGAACAGAGGCUUGAUGCAGGAGAUGGAAGAACUGCGAGUACAGGCUGACAGAGCCAAAUCGCUAACUUAUUUGUUAACAUCAGCCAGAAAAGAAAUUGAACUAAUGUCAGAAGAGCUGAGGGGUCUGAAAUCAGAGAAGCAGCUUCUUGCACAGGAGGGAAAUACUUUAAAGGUAGAAAAAGGUUCGCUUUUAACAAAGCUUGUAGAAGUGGAGGCCAAAAUAACUUUGCUUCAGCAAGACCAGCAGAAACUGUGGUCAGUGAACAAAACUCUUAAUUUAGAGAAGGAGAAAGCCUUGGAAGAGAAGAAAGCUGCUGAAAAUCUUUGCCAGCAGGAACAUCUUGAUAAAGAAGCUUUGACUACAGAGAGAGCAAAAUUGCUUCAAGAAAUCAGUGUUGCUCAAGAAGAGCUCCUGAAGAUACACGUGGAAAACAGGUCUUUGCAAGCUUCCACAGCAAGCCUGCAGGUGCUCGUCGACGAGCUCCAGCUCUGCAGAGAUACUCUGGCAGCAGAGGCCGAGAAGGCUCUGGCAGAAAAAGGCUGUGUGCAGGAUCAGGUCAAGACGCUUGCUGCCGAAAACCUCGUCUUGGUGAAAGACAAGGAUGACAUCAUUCAGAAGCUUCAGAGCGCCUACGAGGAGCUCGUCACAGAUCAGAGGGCCUUGGCCCGGGAGAUUGAGGCACUCACUGCUGAGAAGGAGGCAACGGCUGAGAAGCAGUCAGGCCUGGACAGUGUGUGCCGAGCCUUAACAGCAGAACGAGAAAGCCUUCUCCAGAGCAACAGAGACUUGCAGUUGGAGAGGGACUCGCUGCGUCAGGGUCAGGAGAAGCUGAGUGCCAGUUUGGAGGCCACUCUGCAGCUUAAGCAGCUACUCAGCACAGAAGCUGGGGUGCUGCGCACACAGCUGGACUCUGCCAGCAAAGCGCUGAGGAAGGCCGAGCUGGAGACCAGGCAGCUGCAGGCCACCAACACGAGCCUCACGAAGCUCCUGGAAGAGAUCAAGGCCAGCCGGGCCGUCACAGACUCAGAGUGCAUUCAGCUUCUCCAUGAGAAAGAGACCUGGGCUGCCUCAGAGAGGAGGCUGCUGUCUGAGAAGGAAGAACUUUUGAGUGAGAAUAGGGUCAUCACCGAAAAACUUAACAAGCAGUCUCAAGAGACCUCCCAUAUUGAGAUAAGCUUGAAUGAGAAGAUUGUGCACCUCAUGUCUGAGAAGGAGGUGGCCUGUCAGAAAAUUACUCAGCUUAAAAAGCAGCAGGAGAGUCUCUUAAAGGAAAAAAAAUCAGCUCUGGAAAUACAAAAUGGAGAUUUACUUACAGAGAGAGAAAAUUCCAUCCAAGCCAUAGGAGACCUUAAGAGGAAAUAUGACCAGGAAGCUGCAAGCAGAAGAAUAAUUGUGCAUGAGAAGAUGAAACUUCUUGGUGAUAUUGAUGCUCUGAAAAAGGAGAUUCAGGAGAAAGAAAAGGAAAACCCAGAGCUAGUGGCCAGUGAGUGUGACCUAUCUUUGAAGCUAAAAGAGGCGCAGAAUGCCAAACGGAACCUGGAAAAGGAGCACACCACUGUGAUGCAAGCGAGGGAGAACUUGAACGCCGAGCUAAAGACUUGUUGCUGUGAAAAGAGCAUUUUGCUGAGGGAUGGCUUGAACCUGCAAGAAGAAUGUCAGAAAUUAAAUGAGGAGGUCCAUGAAGUGCAGCAGUCCUUAGUCCUAGAAAAAGAAGCCGGAGCAAAGGAAAAAGAGUCAUCCUUGUAUGAAAACAAUAAACUCCAAGGGAGAUUAGUGCUCCUGGAGCAGGAGGUAGAGGGGUUGAAAGUAUGUACCAAGCAGCUCCAGUCCGAGAAGUUUGUACUAAUCCAAGAAAAGACCAAAUCUGAGCAAAAAGUGGUAGAGAUUAUUAAGGAAAAGGAACUCCUGAGUGCAGAAACGGCCCAGCUCGCUGCCAAGAUAGAGACCCUGAAAAACGAUUUUGCCACCUUGUCCAAGUCCAAGUCAGAACUGCAGGAGCUGCACAGCUGCCUCACCAAGAUCCUGGAUGACCUUCGGCUGAAGCAUGAGGUGACGGUGGCUGAGAAAGCCAAGGUCAUGCAAGACAGCAAGAACCUUCUGGCUGAGAAAAGAGAACUGAUGCUGAGAAGGGAUGAGCUCUUGAAGGAGAAAGAAAAGCUGGAAGAAAGCUACUUCAUCCUCCAGAAAGAAAUUAGCCAGCUGGCCAAAACCAACAGCCACAUUUCAGCCAAUCUUCUAGAGUCUCAAAGUGAAAACCGUACUUUGAGGAAAGACAAGAGCAAACUUACCCAUAAAAUUAGAGAGCUUGAGACUCUUCAUUCAUUCACGGAGGCCCAGACUGCAGAAGACACCACGCAGAUAAUGGAACAGAUGACCAAAGAGAAGACUGAAACUCUGGCCUCCUUAGAGGACACGAAGCAAACAAAUGCAAAACUGCAGAAUGAAUUGGAUACACUCAAAGAGAACAACUUGAAAAAUGUGGAAGAGCUGAACAAAUCCAAAGAACUUCUGACUGUAGAGAAUCAAAAAAUGGAAGAAUUCAGGAAAGAAAUAGAAACCCUAAAGCAGGCGGCAGCUCAGAAGUCCCAGCAGCUCUCAGCGUUGCAGGAAGAGAACAUCAAACUUGCCGAGGAGCUGGGGAGAAGCAGGGACGAAGUCACAAGUCAUCAAAAGCUGGAAGAAGAAAGAUCUGUACUCAAUAAUCAGUUGUUAGAAAUGAAAAAGAGAGAAUCUGAGUGGUGUUCUUGCAGCCCUUCUGUCCUGUUGUUGCGUUCUUCCCCUUUUGGCCCUUUUAGCAAAACCAAGCCAUGCCAGCCAGUGUGGCCCCAGCAUGCCGCAGUCAGCAACCCAGCUGUCAGUCUCUUGGCAUAAGUGUUUUAACUCAGCCCUUCUUGGUUUGCACAGUGGAAUUAGGGCUUAGCGAUGGCCUAAGAAGCCGUCAGUGAAGCUCUGUCACAAAGCUGAGCUGUGGGGGUCACUUGUCCUGUCAUUUGCAGGUUACCUUCUUAACCGUGCCUCCUUUGGUAAACCCACAGGAAGUGCUCUGCAGGCCAUGUCCCCAAGAAUCGGCCUGGCCGAGAGGUGGCAAGUGUGUGUGACAGAAGCACAGCCUGCUUGGUGGCCUGGAGAAGUGCACCUGUCCUUUUCCCUGCUGCCAGUGGGCAGUGUUUAUUCCUCCCCAACUCUGAGAGUCUGUGGGAUCAUGGCCAACUAGAGCCCUGAGAGAGAGAGAAAUCUAUCCUCGGUAACCCCCAGUCCUGGGGGUUAUCAGCAGAGUAGCUUAAAGUUAUAUUUUUCAAAUUUGAGUUGGGUUUAUAACAAGGGAGGCUCUGGAAAUCAUUUUUAUAGUAGAACAGACUACCAAAGGAGUAUAAUAGAAACUUAAGGAGCCCGGGAUUUAUUGCAUCUUGGAAUGACAGCAGACACACUGCAUGUGGCAAGCAGUCCCCGCAUGUGCCCUCCAUUCACAUUGUUUUAGCUUAAGGAGAUCCCACUUUCUAAGAAGGUUUUCUCAGUAAUCAGUGGCACCGAUGUGCACUACUUGGCAGUGUUUUUAACUCAAGGAAUGUCUAUAAGUCUCAGAUUCUUCUCUUACUACUUACCAUUCUGGAGUGUAAGUGUAAGCUGCACAACAAGAUUAAAAACAGCACUUAUAUUUUCAUCUUUGUGUAGAAUUUCAACUUAUCAUAACCACAAGAAUUCGUAAUUCCUGUGCCGGAUAUCUUGGGUCUCACUAACCAGACAUACAUUCUGCCAUUUCUAACCUGGGCCUCAGUUUCCUACUCCUCCAGUUGGGUUGAAACAGACUGAACCAUCCCAUGCUCUGCAUUCACCCAGCCUCCUUCCAGCAGAACCUGUUGUAAUUGGGCUGCAGUUGGCUUGCUGGCGCUCACUGUGUGCCCUGAGGGGAAGCCUGGGCCGCUUUCUCCAGCUCCGGUUCCCUCACCUAGUUAGCAGUAGGAGGUCUUUUUCCUCUUGCAUUUCACACUGCAUGGAAUUUAAAAGAAGUUUUUAUUUUAAACUAAGAGGUGCAGAAGAAGUGCAGCCAGUUCCUAGUGCCCUCACCCAGCUGCCCCUGAUGCGAACAUCUGACACAGUGUGGUGCGUGUCAAGCCCAGAAAGUCCCCAGGCGCAGGGCUGCUGGCUGCUCUCGGUGGUGUCCAGCCUUUUUCUCACCCAGCAUCCGAGUUGGGAAGCUUGGUUGCUCUUAGUGUCCUUAGUCUUGCCCACUGUGUGGCAGCCACGUCUCACUCAUUGUUUUUGACAAGAGAUUUAAAAUACCACACAGUGAAAAUGCAUAGCCGCCUGCCCUGUGGCUGAACACUUGUGUCUUGUCCUCCCUCCCUGUUUCCCUUCUCCUUCCUCUCUCUGCCCACUGCCUGACCAGAUGCUUCCCUCUCACUGAAGCCUUGAACAGGGAGGAGACUGAAGCUUUGUCUUCCAGAACCUACCCUCGUCUUAGUAUUUCCUGCUCCAACAUUUAUGCAUUUUAUUUUCUAUGAGCCACCUUCACUUGCGCUUCAGAGUCUGUGGUUGAGAAGUAGUAAUCCUUCCCUUGGAACAAUAGUUUGGCCCACAUGAUCCAAAACCUUGCUAAAAAGUUACUGAAAUUAGUGAGAACCAACUGAUAUUUCCAGCAUAAACUGCUCUGCAUGACAUCUGUAUAAUUGCUUUGCAUGUAUGUAUUUUAAUUGUCAAUGCUUGGUAAUAAUUUAUUCCAGAAGUAGCAAAAUUCAGCUUGGGGUUCUAUUUUGGUAUAAUUGGGGAGGAGAGGGAUGCAAUAGUCAAAUUUAUUAACCUGUCUUUUUAAGUUCAAAUGGAUACAAUGAUAUGCAGAUUCUGGCAUGUCUAUGCAUAGGUAAACUUUUUCUCCCCUCACAGUAAGUAAAAUUUCAAGUAAAAUUUUCAAGCAUAAUAGCCUUAAUUGCAUAUAAAACUUCCCUGUUAUACUUUUUUUUUUAACGAUAACUACAGUUAUCCGCAAGUUUGUUCUAGAGCAGUUGUGUGCUGACCACUCUCCUGGUUGAUUUCUGGAACUUUGUUAACU